AUUAAGCCUACGCCAUUUGCAGAUUUUCCUAGGCUAUAUACCAAUAUACAUUGCAACCCUGCCUGACCUUGAGUCCUUCAAGCAGGCAGUGGCCCAGCUCAGUUAUUAAUAAAACACGGCUUGUUCUAGGUCACAAGGGGAUGAGCAAACUGCUCAAGUUAUCCAUGGUUUCGAGCGACCUAAACAUUGACCAGCAUACGAAGAAAUAGAAGUUUGUUUUACCAGUUUCAAUUGUCAUCAGGACCUUUUGCAGACUAAACAGUGAUAGGAAAUGGAAGAUAUACACAAGCCAUUCAUCUUAUACCUGACAUCAAGGCAAGAACAAGAGCUUUGGCAAUAUUUUAGACAAUCUUGUUGGCAAAUUGGAAUUUUCAAAUGUGUACAUCAAGACUUACAGUUUUUGGUUGAUUUGAUGAUACAUGAUGAAAAAUUAGCAUUGGAUACUUUAAAGAAAUGUAAACUGCAUAGUAAAGGAAAAAGGCAGGCAAGGAAAAGACAGUAUGUAAACAAUGGCACAAAGUUUGGAGGAAAAAAGUUUUGCAGAAAGAACAAAAACCAGCAUGCAGAUACAAGUGAAUACAGAGACCUUACGGCCAGUGAAAAUGGGAACAAUUCUAACUGCAGUCUAGACCAAUUGGAACAAAACAGUGUAUCUAAAACUAUGAUUGGAACGGUUGUACAAAGUAGCAGCGAAAAGAUAGAGGAUAUAAUAGAUGAAGACUCGUCCAUAAGAAACACAAAGGUGAACACGGUAGAGACAUUGCACAAGGAAAACAUGCAGGACAAGCAGCCAAGAGAAAACCUACAGAAAGAGUCAUUGGAAGGAAAUAUAAAUGGAAAAAUAGAACAAAGUGUUGAUAGUGAUAUAUGUAUUAAAACAAAUGAAAGAACCAAUCGAAGAUUAAGAUCUGCCAACAGUAUAACACAGAGUAAGAACUUGGAUAGAUACAAGCUGAAGCAGCUUGCUAAUAUGGCUGAGAGGCGGACUAAUUUCAGUUGUAGAAUAUGUGGGAAAGUGGCAGCAAGUGAGCAACACUUAAAACGGCACACUGCUAGAAUUCAUUCGGAGGAAGCAUUGAAGAAGAAGAAAGAGGAAAAAAAGAGGAAACAACAACUGGAAGUCAUUGCUUGUCAUAUAUGUAGAAAACAGUUUGCUGACAAACAUGCGCUAAAUACCCAUCACCUCAACAUGCAUAGUGAACUGAAAUCUGGUUAUCAGUGUGACCUCUGUGGAGCUGUGUUAAAACAUAUGGGUAACCUUGUGCAACACAAGAAGUCUUUACAUAGUGAUACUCGUCCACACAGGUGUGAUGUAUGUGGGAGUACGUUUAAACUGCACCAGCACUUAAAAACGCACAUGCGCCGUCAUGAUCCAGAUUAUGUUGAAACUUGCACAGUUUGUGGGAAAACAUUGAGGAAGGGUCAUUUGUCAACGCACAUGAAGCGACAUACAAGUGAAAAGAAGUUUAAUUGUGACAAGUGCGGGAAGAAAUUUUACGAAAAACAAGAUCUUAAGAGACAUGUUAUUUUGCAUUCAGGUGAAAAGCCAAAUAAAUGUCCAUAUUGUCCAUAUGCUUGUGCAUUAAAGGGCAAUCUUACAAAACAUAUAAAUAUUCGACAUGAAAAUGAGAUGUGUAUAUCUGAUCUGCAAAGAGCAAACAGUAAAAACACUGCGAGCAUUAGCUUAGAAGAAGGAAACAAAGGGAAGCAAAGCAAGUCUGACCCAGUGAAAGUAAAUUCCAUUCUCAGUAGCAACAUUAAAACUCCAAAUAUAAUAACACCCUCUUCGUCUGUGUCAUAUGUAAAUGUUGGACAUCUUGAAAAUGACAAAAAUUGUUAUGGAAAUAAACUAAACUCGGAAACAAUGAACAGUAUUAGUAAUAGUAAAUAUUUUGGUGACAAUUUAAGAAAAAAUAUUACAUCCAGUGCCGUGACUUUGAUAGACGUAGAUUCUCGUGGUGAACAAUUUACUUCUGACACACAGUUAGAAAAUCUCAUUUGAAUGAACAAAUAGGACAUAGACUAACAAGUGUUGAAAGGUGUAUUGAAUAGUUUGUUUUCUUGAUACUGGGAACGAAUAUAAUAUAUAUUAAAUCAUGAUAUUGAAUAUUUAGUGUUUUCAAAUUGCAUUGUAUAUUUUUUUAUUUAUUUUUGGCGCUUUUCUAACUGUUUAAUAUGCCUAUUUUCUAUUUAGACACCAUUUUUCAUGUUUUAACAUAAAAAUAAAAGCCUUAUAGAACUUUAAAUUGUUUUAGUUAAUAA